UUCAGGUGCGGCGGCGCCGCUCCUCCCCUGGGCUCCGCAGCCCCGCGCCGCGGCCGGGUUCGGGGCUCGGGACGCUCAGGAGGGUGAGCGCUCUCGGCGAGUAAUAUACUGCAUUUUGAUCUUCUAGAACCCGAGCCCUGCGGAGCUCCCGGCGGCCCGGCCCCAAGGCGCUGCGGCCGCGCCGCGCGGCCCUGUCUGCGCGCGCCAUGAACACCAUCGUCUUCAACAAGCUCAGCGGCGCCGUGCUUUUUGAGGACCGCGGGGCUCCGGAGCGGGAGCGGGGCGGCAGGCCCUACGGCGGCGUCCUGGACAGUACGCACGCUCGCCCCGAGGUGGGCAUUACGGACGGCGCGCCCCUCAAGGACAACCUGGGCCUGAGACACCGGAGGACCGGGGCCCGGCAGAAUGGCGGGAAGGUGAGGCACAAGCGGCAGGCCCUGCAGGACAUGGCGCGGCCCCUCAAGCAGUGGCUGUACAAGCACCGCGACAAUCCGUACCCCACCAAGACGGAGAAGAUUCUCCUGGCGCUCGGCUCGCAGAUGACGCUAGUGCAGGUGUCAAAUUGGUUUGCUAAUGCAAGACGUCGGCUUAAGAAUACUGUUCGACAGCCAGAUUUAAGCUGGGCCUUAAGAAUAAAGUUGUACAAUAAGUAUGUUCAAGGAAACGCUGAGCGGCUGAGUGUAAGCAGUGAUGACUCAUGUUCUGAAGAUGGAGAAAAUCCUCCGCGAAACCACAUGAAUGAAGAAGGCUAUAAUAAUCCAGUUCACCAUCCUGUGAUUAAAAGUGAGAGCUCAGUCAUAAAAGCUGGAGUGAGGCCAGAGUCACGGGCCAAUGAGGACUACGUAUCGCCCCCAAAAUACAAGAGCAGCUUGUUGAAUCGUUACCUUAACGACUCUUUGAGACACGUCAUGGUCACAAAUGCUGCCAUGAUGGGAAAGACAAGGCAGAGAAACCAUUCAGGAUCUUUUAGUUCCAAUGAAUUUGAGGAGGAAUUGGUAUCUCCCUCAUCGUCAGAAACCGAAGGCAAUUUCGUCUAUCGCACAGGCCCGUAUGAAUGCGAGUUCAGUCAGGAGAACAUAAGCAUUCUGGACGUUUCGGACAGGGAAGCUACCGACGGAGCCUCGGCCCGGUGGUGACGGAGGAGGUAGCUGGGAACAGUCACGGUUACCAACUUUGACACAGCGUGCCCAGCUUUCGCCAACUCUUCAUUAAUAAACCGCUGAAAAAGAAAUAAAAUCACUUUCCUUUCCUUUUUCUAAUGAUUACCAACACAAUUCAUGGGACAAUCUACUCUUUCUCUACUGAUGUAAAAUGCCACUUUUGUCAUCUGCGGAGUCUCAUAAUUUAAUUCUACUCUGUUAUACUGAACUGUCCUUUCUGGCAGCAGAGCCUUACUCUUUUAAUUCCUGUAAAUUUAUGAUUAAUUUUAAUAGCUUACAUGAUAAGUAAGGUAUUAUCUUUUAUAUUUAUUAUUCCAGGUGAAAUUUAGGAUCAUCUGACUGAUUUUGUUAAAAACGAUUAGGAUUUAUGUACUAAAAUAGGGAGCAUUUAACAUAAUUACAAUUUGUUAAAAAAUAUUUCUCUUUAAAAAUUUUGCUGUUUUCUGCAUAUAGAUAUAAUCCAGGCGUCACGUGCCCUCCACACGUUGUUAAACAUUCAGAUUGAACUGUCUUAAACCUUCCCCCAAAUGGAGUGGAACCCAGAGUCGGUGGACCCUCGAGGACAGGUUGGGCUAUUGGUUAAAAGCUCUCCAGGUGAUGUGCAAAAUCUUCAGAACCGAUAGCCUGCGCUCCUCUGCUGACUGGAUGACUCAGUUGGGUCCUGCUGAAGGCCAGUUGCUUGGGCUUCGAGAACACAGGGAUCUUGCAAGGAAGGGUGAGAGCAGUCUUUUCAUUUGGGCUGGGCAGUUUCCUCAGAGAGGAAUCAACUAACCUUCUGCCAGAUGGUUCAGGCUGGCUGUUAGUUUUCUGAGACCCAAGUGGAGGAAAGGGGCCAAGGUCUCACCACUGAGGACGUCAACUUUCAUCUGAUCCUCUGUUUUCAGCAUGGCCCCUCACUCUCACUUCUCUGCGGUGUGGGGUAUCCCCAAGUUUGGAACCUGUCAGAUGGACCGUCUCCAAAGAGAAAACUUUCAGACUUCUACUGAAAAUGGGGAGAAGCGGUGACGUGACAGUGUGAGGUCAGGGAAAGGAUCCAGGAGUCUAUCUGCUCAACAUAAGGACUUUUAACCAGUCUUCCUGAUCUCAGCCACUUGCUAUACUCUUGUCUUCCUGAGCUUUUCUGGAGCCAUGUGUGGAAACUCUCUCACUUCCUGUUGGUUUCUCUGCCCUAUAGGCUUAGAUUUCAACUUUCUCUCUACUUUGUUAAGUCAGUCACCACUUUCCUGCUUCCAAAAUGUUGAUAUAUAUAUUGUCUUCUAUCCUUUACUUCUUGUCCUUGUGGAUUUAAACCUUUCGAAUAUUCUUUUACAGUCAUUGCAGGGGGAUUUCAAGAGAGAGCGGAACCCGUGCUUUCAAUACACCAUGUUUCCGUCAUGUAUUUUUAAAACUUUUCCUAUCAUUUUUUUUGAGAUGUGUCUUUUUAAAACGGCAUAUAGUUGCAUUUUUAAACUCAUUUUGAGUCUGUUAUUCUUUCUUUUUUUUUUUUUUGAGGUAUGAUUUACAUAAACAGCUGAAGGCUGGCACUCCCAGCGGCUGGAGCAAAAAAUCCUUCCCUGAAGGGGGUCUGGGCAGUACCUCCUCGUGUCUGCCAUAUCCUCCUUGUCAGUAACUCCCAAGGAAAACAUCAUUCUCACUUCUAUUACCAUAGAUUAGUUGUGCUUAAUUUUUAAUUUCAUUUAAAUGGAAUCACAGGGCGUGUACUCUUUUCAUUCUCGUUUAUUUUGUUCAACAAUAUGUCUGUGAGAUUCAUCAUCUUGCUACAUGUAGCAAAAGUCAGUCUUUUUCAUUGCUAUAUAGUAUUCAAUUUAAAACCCAUACUACAAUUUCUUUAUUGACUCUUUCAUUAACGGAAGUUUGGGUUGUUUCCAUUAUGGCUAUUAUUAAAAAUGUUACUAUUAACAUUCUUAUACAUGUCUAUUUCAUGUCUUAUAUACAUCCUAUUAUAGAGGACAUAAAAACUAAAUGCUCUUGGCAUGUAUCCCAAGAGCAGAAUUGUUGGAUCAUGGGAUAUACCCAUGUUUACCUUUAACAGAUAUUGCUAAAUAGUUUUCUUAAGCGGUAUGUACUGUCAGUUUGUUGAUUGCAUUUCCAUUAUAUCUUUGCUAUCUAUGUCAUUGAUUUGUGCUUCAGCUUUAUUUUUCCUUCCAUAUACUUAGGAUUUAAUUUGCUUUUUAUUUUGUAAUUUCCUAAGAUGGAGACUUCAAUCAUUGAUUUCCAACCUUCCUUUUUCUAAUAUAUUCAUUUAAAACUAGAAAUUUCUCUUUGGUCAGAAACUGCAUUCCACAAGUUUUGAUAUGCCAAAUUUUUAUUAUUAUUGAGAUCAGAACGUCUCAUAACUAUUACUGUGAUUUCUUUUUUGGUACAUGUGUUAUUGAAGUUGGAGGUUUUCUACUUAUGUUUCUGUUAUUGAUUUCAAGUUUAAUUCUACUGUGGUCAAAGAGCAUUUCCUCUAUGUUCUCAGUCCUUUGAAAUUUUCUGACUUACUCUAUGAUCCAGCAUAUGGUCUAUUUUGGUAAAUGUUCCACAUAAACUUGAAAAGAAUGUGUUUUGCAGUUGUUGGGUGUGAUGCUCUAUACAGUAUUUGUCAAUUGGGUUCAGAUCUUCCAUGUUUUUAUUAGUUUUUUCUCUAUGUAUUACUAUCAAUUAUGAUCAGUUACUGAGAAUGAUGUAUUAAAGUCUCCAAACUAUAAUUGUGGAUUAUCAAUUUCUGCUUUUAGUUCUAUCAACUUUUGCUUGAUAUCUUUUAUAACUAUUAGGUAUAUACAGGCUUUAAAUUAUUAUGCCUUCUUGAUGAAUUGGCUCUUUUAUCAUGGAUGUCCGUCUGUCCUUAUUAACAUUUCUUACCUCAAAUCCCAUUGUUUGCUAUUAAUAGAACUACAUCUAUUCAUAUAGUGUUAGUGAAUCGUUAGUGUUUUGUAUGAAAUACAAAACAUUAGUGUUUGUAUGGAAUCUGGUUGUGGUUAGGGUUUGUAUGGAAUCUCUCUUUUGUCUUCCUAUUUUUC